AUGGCUAAUAAAAAUAAGACACGUAGUUCAAAUGAUGAUGACAUGGACUCCAAUGAGUCAUCGGAUGAAGAUGGACGCUGCCUACCAACAACUGCUCGACCUAUUUCUACUAGUUUAUUACUAUCAAAUCAACAAAAAAUAGCUGAAGAAAAACAAUCAAAGAAUGCUGAGCAGAGCUAUAUAAAUCAGCAAAUUCAUGGAUAUACACGUACUCAUCAUGAUGUAUUGUAUCGCCAAAAUCACCAUGGUGUGCAACUAGAUCAUUGUGUGCCAUCAAGUAAUUUUGCGUCAAGUCAACAUUAUCUACCAGCAGAACAUGUCGAUUGUCCUAGAGAUGAACGUGUACGUUGGAUGGAUGAUUAUAAAUUUUCAUCAACUAUCGAUGAAUAUUUUAUACAUUUUCGAGAAAGUGAAUGCAUAGAGGAUACUCAAGCACAUCAUAUGCCACCAACAAUCGUUCUAAAUACUUUUAGUCCAAAUCAAAUUACCAACGGUGAAAAUAACCGUAUUAAUAUGGAUGUAAUAACACAAAAUAAUCCUAGUCAAAUUGUUGCAACAUUACGGCUAAUUCACAUACCAACGGAGGCUACUGUGACAGGCAAUGCUAUAACAAAAGUACCGGAGGAGAUUCCACAUGACACAGAUUUUUCUGUUAUUACAAGUGAAACACAAAAUAUUGAUCGAAUAUCCAUGAACAGUGAUAAUGAUGAACAAAGUCUUAUUCCUGAUAGCUUCAUAUAUAUUGAAGAGAAUGAUGCAUUCAUUCAUGGCAACAAUCAAAUAGUUGAAGCAUUAUCAAAUAAUGCAGCUAUUGCUGAUGUUGUUCUAACAAGUACUUCAUCAAAUCAAAUGAAUAAUGUUGAUGAACAAUCAGCUAGAACAGAAUUGACAAAUGAUACAUUAUCUCCUGAAACAUUAGAAAUAACACGAGAUGUUGCUACAAAUGAAGUUACUCCUCAGGCAGUUUUAUAUGUUACUGAUGAACCCGUUACAACUGUUCCAAAGUUACCAACUGCAUUGGAACAGAGUGACGAUUCAAACAAAGGAAUUCGUCAAACUACAACAGCAUCUAAUUACUAUUGUAAUGAAAACAAUCAAGAUGAUCAAUUUACAUUGUCUGCGUCGCUUCAUGCAGCAUGGCAAUCAACAUUAAAUUGUUCUUUACAACAAUGUAAUACAAGCUUCAACGAUAACAACAAUUGUCGUUUGCCAUCAACACUUUGCUUCAAUUAUCGUUCACUCAACAAUACUGGUUAUUGUGCAUCUGGCAUUCUAUGUUCUAUUUUGGAACCAUGUGACAAUGUACCUAUAAUUGUGCAGCAAAUACUUCCAUAUGCGUAG